AAUGAUAAACACUUUUUAACUUUUAUGUCUAAUGGCUUAUGUAUCUUAAUCUAUAAAUAUGUAAUAUUGGAUUGUUGAUUAUAAGUGAAAAUAAUCAGAAAUUCUUAGAACCAGAUCCAAAAAAGGUCUAUCAUAUUCGAUUAUAGGAAAAAGAAACUAAGGUGUAUGACAAAUAAAGCUUUUACAAACUUGUGGCUCUUCAUUAGAAUAAAUUAAAAGAUCCUUCAUUUGUUUAAAUUUCAAAGUAGGAUCCAUAAUAUAUGAGAAUGCAUAAUUAUAAGAAUAUCUAAUAUACUGCUGAUAUAGGAAUAGGAUAAGCAGAUAAUACUUUUAAAGUUGUAUUGGAUACUGGUAGUGCUAACUUAUGGAUAAAUUCAAAUAGAUGCUAAGAAGAAGGUUGUUUAAGACAUAAAUAAUAUAAACAUGAGGAUAGUUAGUCAUUUAUAUCGUUAAAUUAAGAAUUAAAUGUAGAAUUUGGUAGUGGAGAUUUGAAAGGGAUUGUUAAUGCUGAUACAAUCUAUUUUGGAGAUGUCACUUUACCAAGAUAAAAUUUAGCAGAAAUCAUCAGUGAAAAUGGAUCUAUAUUUAGAGAUUUGGAUUUUGAUGGUAUAUUAGGUUUAGCUUAUCCAAAGAUGGCUCCUAUAGAUUUUAAUCCAGUUUUUGAUAACAUGAUGUAAUAAAAUUUUUUAGAAAGAAAUCAAUUUGCAUUUUAUUUUGCCAAAGAUGCUAAUGAUAUUUCUCAUAGUGAAUUUAUUAUGGGAGGAUACAAUCCAUCUCAUGUUGAUGGAGAUAUUCAUUAUCAUAAUGUUAUAGAUAAAUAUUAUUGGAUGAUCAAAGCUGAUAACAUUCUAGUUGAUAAUAAAGAUAUAGGUUUAUGCAAUCAUUCAUGUAGACUAGUAGUUGAUACUGGUUCAUCAAUUAUGAGUGGACCCUUUGAUGAUUUAAGAACAUUAUUAAAAGAAUUGAAUGUUAGGUCUCAUUGUCAUGAAAUCAACACACUACCAAUAAUUACAUUUUAAAUUGAUAAUAUUGAUUAUACUUUAGAACCUAAUGAAUAUAUUAAGCCUACUAAUUUUGAUGGUGCUUAAUUAGCAGAAUUAAAUGAUGGAGAUGAUUUAUGUAAAUAAUCUUUGUCAUCUUAUUAGAAACUUUAAUUGAAAUUAAUAAUUGGGAUUGCAUAGCAGCCUUCAUACCAUUAGAUAUUUAAUAACCUUAAGGACCAGCUUGGAUAUUAGGUGACAUUUUUCUUAGAAAGUAUUAUAGUAUUUUCGACAGAGAAAAAGAUUAAGUUGGAUUUGCAAAAGCAAAAAAAUGA